AUGCAAAAUAGUUUACCUAUUGUUCCAUUUUAGACCUUCAUUGGUUUUUUUGGCGAAUUUCCAGAUCUCAGCCUACAACACGAACGGAGCUUCGACGGAGUUUGGAUGGGGUGCGCGACUGGACAGCGAGCGACAAAAACGCGCGGCUCUCUGGGCCUUGCUCUACUCGGAACGUCUCCAUCAGAGUGUCGAAAGUGUUGGUCCGACCGACUCUCCAGUUUCUCAAAAAUGCUCACUUGCAGGGCCUACCUAUUUCAUAUUCCUAUUCGGAUAUGGUUGUCAGCUGCACCUACAACGCCAAAACAUGCAAUGAAACGUAGAACUUUUUGUGGUUUUUGUUAACUUGUUCAUCUUCUUUCAGAAACUUCAUCUCUUUCUACAACCCAACGUACGGAACGUGUCAGCAGUUCAACUUUGGAGGCGAGUUCAUCUCAUCGCGCGCAGGACCUCUUUACGGUCUCCGGAUGGUCCUGCGCACCGACCAGGCCGACUACCUGCCCUGGACCGAGACUUCUGGAGUCAUCAUGGUGAUUCACACCCAGGACGAAGUUCCUUAUCCUGACGUCUUUGGAUAUUUCGCUCCUCCGGGCACAGCCUCAUCCUUGGGUGAGUUGAUAAAGUCUUCGAUAUCGAACAGAAUCAGAAUCGAAACCUGAAGUUCAAGCUGUUGAGGUGUGAACUACGUCUCCACGUCGCGAUUAGGCAAGCCCUACGGCACAUGUACCACACAGAAAACUCUCACCACCACUCAUUACACAGGCAACUACACUGUCAGUUUCAGAAAAACAUUAUUCGAUAAACUAUCUUUAACUUUAAUAACAGUUAUAUCAACCAGAUUUUUGUGGUCUAUGCGAGGAAAUGCUGUGAAAAGGUUUUUCAGCCUAAUUUCGAAAAAAAUAAAUUAAAAUUAAUGUCAAUUCAUCUCGUAAAAAAACGUUUCAAUUUCUUUUUUUCUGACUGGUUUUCAUCUUUUAGCAGCAAUAAAACAAUUUAAGAAAUUUGAAAUUUAUUUCAGUGAAAAGUUGAUUUUUUUCUAGUAGUUCUCGUUUUUCUUAUUGAAGAUAAAUAAGCGAAUAUUCACUUUUUCACUUUUCAUAACUCCAUUUUUUUGUCUAAUUUAAAAUAAUAAAAAGAUGGUACGACAAAAAUCUCAGGUCCGCAAAUCUCGAGGACCGUAAUCUUGUGUACGCAGAUCUAAAGUCCCAUAAUCUUGGAAACCAAAAAUCUUGGAGACCAAAAAUCUUGAAACCACAAUCUUGGAAAGCAAAAAAAUCUUCCUUUUUAGUCUUCUUUAUUGCACUUUAUCUACUUAUAUUCUCCUUUUUGGAUCACCGAAUACAAUUUCUGAUGAAAAUCUAUUCGCAAAAGCGUUGAUUUUACUUUCCAAGAUCGUGGUUUCCAAGAUUUUGGUCUCCAAGAUUUUGGUCUCCAAGAUUAUGGGACUUUAGAUCUGCGUACACAAGAUUACGGUCCUCGAGAUUUGCGGACUUGAGAUUUUGUCGUACCAUCAAUAAAAAACAUCGGCGUUAUGUUAAAUUUCGUCGGCGGUUUUUAUGCAGCAGCCUAUGCAUUUCAUUGAAAAGACUAUAAACAACGCGAAAAAAAAUCACUUUAAAGAAUACCAAACUGUAAGCUUUCAAUCUCCAAGUUACCGAUCUGAGUGUUUUUUUCAUGUCAAACUGAUCGCAUUUUCCAGGUAGAAGCAUGCUUCCGAAGCUGCAUGCAAGAGAAAAUUGUGACGGAGUGUGGCUGCUACGAUCCGGCCUAUUCCCACGCCGAAAACUCGACGGCUUCUUGCGACACUUACGGCGAUCCCUCGACGAACUGUUGGAGGAGUCGGAUAAAUUGAUUGUCUUUCUCUAUUUCAGUGGCCUGCAUCGAUGAGAUAAACAAUCCGGACACGUCGGUCUUCAACAUAAUCAGCGAGUGCAACUGUCCACAGCCAUGCAAGUUUGCUUCUUUUCUUUUUCCUGUACGGAAAACUUUUUAUAGCGUCGACUCGUACAGUGUUACCGUCUCCACUGCUCUCUGGCCCGCCACUGGAUAUACUGUACAUUUGGCCUGAGAAUGUAUUGCAAAAACUUUUUUCAGCCCACCGAAUGUGGACCCGCGGCGAACACCUCGAAACCUUGGCUGGAAACUGAAGACACCUGCAUUUCUUGGUUUUUUUUCAUUCUUUAG